GAAAGCACCCUCCUCUACGAAAAGGAAAAAGCAGCACAGUUAUCAGGAGAGGAGGAGGAAGAGGUGGUGGCUGAUAUAUUGCAGAAGCUCUGUGUGAAACCUAGGGUAGAUCUUGAGUCUGCAGAGCUAUUCAUGACAUUGGUGUUUGAGCUUCGGCAUCUCUCUUCUGAUGCUUUAAUGAGCCUGUGGCAGAGAUCUUCAUCAAAGUGUCAAGAUGACUGGCAACCUCUCUCAGAUGCUCUCCCUUCCUGCACAACUGAAGCCUGUGUAGUCCUGAUGAAAGAACUGAUUGUUUCUGGAAAAGUGGGAGAAGAAAAAAUGGAAUCUUUCUUUCAGUUGCUUUCCUUCAUUCCUGAACCAACUGCAGGCAUGAUUGAUGCUCUGGCUCCUCUGCUACAACUAUCAAGAGAAACACAGAGUGCCUUCUUAGGAAUAACUGCCUUAGUGAAUCACUUCUGUUCCAUGAGAAAUAACUGUGACCAAGAACCUGCUGUGCGGGGUGUUAUGAAGAAUCUUGAACAACAUCUGGGGGAAAAAUGUACCUUGCAUAAAUCGGAGGGAAUUGGUCAGGUGGAACUUAUUUUAAAAGCAAUUGGAAAUGCAGGACUGGCAGCAGCACCUCUCGAGCCUGUCCUGAAUUCCUGUGCAAGAUGGAAAAAUAAUCCCAUCGAAAUCCGCCUGGCUGCUAUAGAGGCCUACCGACGUAUUCCUUGUACAGUCAGUCAUGAUGUACUAAUGCAUCUGUAUCAAACUUACGAUGAGGAUGUAGAGAUAAGAAUUGCUUCUUAUCUUAUGUUAAUGAAGUGUCCCAACAAAGAAUUAUUUAAUCAAGUGAAAUUUACUUUGCAAGAGGAGAGAUCCAGCCAAGUGGGUUCCUUUGUAUGGAGUCACCUUUCUGAGCUUUUGGAGACUGAUGAUCCACUGAAGCAACAUCUCAAGAGUUUCCUGCCUGAUGACAUUCUGAGCAAAGAAUUUGAUCGGGAGAUGUGGAAGUUUUCCUCUUAUUCAGAUGUUACCUUCCACUCAGGAACAGGAAGUGCCAAUGUUGAGGUCAGGAUAAUCUUUUCACCUAUGUCGUUCCUUCCUCGUUUGAUAGCAACAAAUUUCACAAUCUACAUACUUGGAAGAGCUGUUAAUAUCUUGGAGCUUGGUGUAAGGUUAGAGAAUGUGGAAGAUGUUUUACGGAAGUUCUUUGGCCUGCAAUCAGAUCAAAAUGCCAAAGAAAGAGACUCGAAGCCAGAACCUUCAGUGGAGAAGACCCAUAAAACUCAUCCAAAUCAUCUGACGUCUAAGAGAUUCAGCUUCAGAAAUGAUCUUCCAUCUAAAGGAAGCAAGUCCAAGUUAAAAAUGGAAAACCAAAGCUGCCCUAAUGGACAAUCCAAUAAGAUGAGUGAGCUAGUGAAAAAGUUCACCAAAAGAAUGGGAAAGAAGAAGAAACCAAAAUGUGAUCUGAGCAUAAAGGUCUUUGGAAAUGAGCUUGCUGUGCUGGACUGCAGAGAGCUGAGAAGCCAAGCCAAACAUUACUACCUAAAUCUGGCAGACUUAGUAUUGAAACUUCUGAAGGGUCAAGAAAUCCAGUUUAACAAAAGGCUGAGUUUGGCCACAGAAGAACUUAUGUUCCCAGCCAUCUCAGGCUUGCCAGUUCUCCUGGCUCUUAAUGCCUCAGCAGCAAUCAAUGUGACAGUCAAAGGCAACAUGGAUUUCAAACAGCGAAACAAUUUUUUCAUCAAUGGUUAUAUAAAGCCAAGAGUUCUCCUUCAGAUUUCUGCCCAGAUGGGAACUGCAGGCACUCUGGGGAAGACGGGCUUGAGCUGGUCAACCAGACUGAGAUCAUCAACCAGUCUUGAUGGGGGGAUCCAGGUGAAAAAAGGGAAAGAGUUUAAGAUAUUUUUGAACACUCCUGAAGACUCUAUGGACAUUGUCAAUUUCAGCUCCAAACUCUGUCCAAUGACAGUGACUGAAACAGACACUUGGGAUGACUUUUCAGGACAAGUGGAGAUUAAGUCAUGCACAAAUGAGGAGGUGUCUAAGAUAUUUGGCUGGCAAUUGUGCUCUGAGUUUUCUAAGCCUGGUAAUCAGAAUGAUGAUUUCGUUUUUCCUUUCCCUGGACCAAUGAAAGCUGCUGUAACACUAAGGAAGAGGGACAGAAACCUAUACCAGUACUUAUUGAGAGCUACAUAUAAUUACGUUUCACAGAAAGGUGCCUGGAUCCCAAAUGAAGUUGGCUUGCAUUUCUUUAUGGGGACUCCAAAAUCAGAGUUGAAAAGGAAUAUUGCUGUUGACUUCCAUUUUAACGUUGCCCAGAAGAAGUUUGAAAUUCAGUUGAUCUACCCAAACAAAAGAAUGCAACUGAAUGACGUUGCCUUGUUAAAGGUCCAUUUUGGAUAA